AUGUCAGCCAGAAAGGGCUAUCUGCUCCCUUCGCCAAAUUAUUCCACAACAAUGUCAUGCUCAGAGAGCCCGGCUGCAAACUCUUUUUUGGUAGACUCCUUGAUCAGCUCAGGCAGAGGGGAAACAGGAGGAGGAGGAGGAGGAGGAGGCGGCGGCGGCGGAGGCGGCUACUAUCCCAACAGUAGUGUCUACCUGCCACAAGCGCCCGAUCUGUCCUAUGGGCUGCAAAGCUGCGGACUUUUUCCAGUUUUGAGCAAACGCAAUGAAGGUACUUCUCAAAGCAUGGUCCCCACGUCUCAUCCCUACAUGUCAGGGAUGGAGGUCUGGCUAGAUCCCCCAAGGUCUUGUCGCAUGGAAGAGCCUGAGAGCCAGCAGGCCACCUCCUGCUCCUUUGCUCAAAACAUUAAGGAGGAGAACUCCUACUGCCUCUAUGACUCAGACAAAUGUCCUAAGGGGGCAACUGCCACAGAUCUAUCUACUUUCCCAAGGCUAAACGCUGAGGUUAGUUCUAUGAACAACGUGAGUGGGGUUCCUGUCCCAGGCUACUUCCGCUUGUCUCAAGCCUAUGGCACUUCCAAGAGCUACAAUACUGGGCAAGUUGGUGCUUCCCAGUUCACACCGCAGCCCCAAGUUCGUUUUGAUACGCCUCCAUCUUUGCCUUCAGUCCCAGCAGAAGCGGGGAGGAAAGAGAGCGGAGAGGCUUCCCCCACUACCUUGGCUUGUGUCUCCCAGAGGGAGGAAGAGGCGCAGGCUUCGUCUUCGACUGCAGAAGAGCUCUCCCCAGCUCCGUCAGACAGCAGCAAAGCCUCUCCUGAGAAAGAAACCGUAGGCAAUGCAAAAGGAGAAAAUGCAGCAAACUGGCUGACCGCAAAAAGCGGCAGAAAGAAGCGGUGCCCUUAUACCAAGCAUCAAACUCUCGAGCUGGAAAAGGAAUUUCUGUUCAAUAUGUACCUGACUCGUGAGCGUCGCCUAGAGAUCAGCCGUACAGUCCACCUCACAGACAGACAAGUUAAAAUCUGGUUUCAGAACCGCAGAAUGAAACUGAAGAAAAUGAACAGAGAGAAUAGGAUUCGGGAGCUCACAGCCAACUUUAAUUUUUCUUGAUGAACCCAUAAACACGUUUUUACGGUUUAAAGAGCCAGUAUCAUUUUCCUAGGCUUUAGUAAUCCGCACCUGUAUGGAUUAAGGAUUUUAUACAUUCUCAGUAUGUCCAUAACCUCUUUAUAGCUAUUUCUGGGGGAAAGAGCCAUAAAAUCGUGCUCAAAAUGCCAUGUAUGUACCGCCCUCGGUCCAUUAAAGCUUCCUCGCUCUUAUUGUUCUUUUAGUUCUUGAAAGACAGAAAUAUUAUUUCGAGAGCUACAAAUAGUUUUUCCCCCCUCUCUCUCCCCAAAAUGUAAACAAUCCCAGUUAAAGGCACAAUACAAUGUUCAAUGAUAGAAGGGAUGUCUGGGCUGUAUUUAGCUGAAUAAUGCAUUAUUGAAGCCUUGGCUAUCUCCUCUAUAAGAGAAGCUUAGCUUUUCUUGCAAAAAAAAAAAUCAAAAAAAAUCAGGGCUUACAAUAAUGAAACGCAGGCAUGCUUUAAAACGGAGGGCUUCGUGGGGACUGGGAUGAAAAGCGAUUUUCUUUUCUUUUCCCUUUUCCUCCCUUUUAUCUUCUUUUCUAAAAAAAAAUCAAUAUUAAAGCUUUAAAAUUGGCCAGGAAAAUGAAACCUCUUCUCUUUAAGGAUACAAAAGGUCUCGUGUUACUUCUGGACUAAAUUAUUACACUUACCUCUAAAUUUCUCUCUCUCUUUCUGGUUGUAGAUAUUUACUUAAUGUAGUUUUGCUUAAAUUUGUGGGAUUAGUGGAUUUUUGUCUAUGAAGUACGUUACCGUUGGUAACGCGUGACAAGCACACAACAAUUCGCCCUGUCUUGAGAAAAAAAUAGUCACUUUUUCUCACUAAGUUAAUCGAGAAGUGUCUAUGGCGAACAUCAGAAGGACUUUCUGAGCCAGAGUUGAAGGUAGCGAGGGAGAACAUGUCGUCUUUCCUUUAUACUGUGAAGCUACAUGCAUUAAAAGGGUCAAACGUGGAGGUGCAAAGAAAAAAAAGAGGGGAAAAAACUAUAAAUACAGAUAUGUAUAAAUGUCUAUUAUUAAAAUGCCGAAACUGUUUUAAGCAAAUGCAUUCUAUCGUUAUUAUAAAUGUUAGUUCUAGCUAUAUCUAGUUCUUACCUUAAAUCGGAAUAAAUUAAUAUUGUAAUGCUGCUGUGCGUGAAAAGACGAUGUUUAUGUUCUCAUAGAAGAAUAAAAGACGUGGAAU